AUGGCCCUUUGUAUCCCGCGCGCCCAGAGUGCCCUGGACGCUCCUGCUCGCGGUUGCGCCAGGUUCAGUGUGGCGCCUUCCUCCUCGUCUCGCACCUUUCGGAAGCCAAUUGUUCAGUCAAUCAUGGAAAAUAAAUGUAUUGGACAAAUAUCAGUGAAACCGAGUAUGUUUAAUGCGAAGUUGUGUAAGAUAAGACUAGUAUCAAGAGUGAGAUAUCUAAGAAGUCAGAGCAUUAUUUCUGUAUCUCAGGAAGCUGAAUAUGGUGGGCAUGAUCAAAUAGAUUUGUAUGAUGAUGUCAUCUCUCCAUCUGCAAAUAAUGGAGAUGCCCCAGAAGACCGUGAUUACAUGGAUACUCUUCCACCAACUGUUGGUGAUGAUGUGGGUAAAGGAGCAGCACCAAAUGUUGUCUAUACAUAUACUGGAAAGAGAAUUGCAUUAUAUAUUGGAAAUCUAACAUGGUGGACAACAGAUGAAGACUUAACUGAAGCAGUUCAUUCUUUGGGAGUGAAUGAUAUUUUGGAGAUAAAAUUUUUUGAGAAUCGGGCAAAUGGCCAGUCAAAGGGGUUUGCACUUGUUGGUGUUGGAUCUGAAGCAUCUUCAAAAAAGUUAAUGGAUCUUUUGCCUAAAAGAGAACUUCAUGGUCAGAAUCCUGUUGUAACUCCAUGCAAUAAACAGUUCCUGAGUCAGUUUGAAAUGCAAUCCAGGAAAACUACACAGUCAGGACAAAUGUCUGGGGAAGGUAAAGCUGGUCCUCCAGGAGGCAGUUCACGUGCAGCAUUUCCACAAGGUGGUAGAGGACGGGGCCGUUUUCCAGGGGCUGUUCCUGGUGGGGACAGAUUUCCUGGGCCAGCAGGACCAGGAGGGCCACCCCCACCUUUUCCAGGAAAUUUGAUCAAGCAUCUUGUUAAAGGAACUCGGCCUUUGUUCCUGGAAACUAGGAUUCCAUGGCAUAUGGGGCACAGCAUAGAGGAAAUACCCAUUUUUGGCCUAAAAGCUGGACAGACUCCACCACGUCCACCCUUAGGUCCUCCAGGCCCACCUGGUCCACCAGGUCCUCCACCUCCUGGUCAGGUUCUGCCUCCUCCUCUAGCUGGGCCUCCUAAUCGAGGAGAUCGCCCUCCACCGCCAGUUCUUUUUCCUGGACAACCUUUUGGGCAGCCUCCAUUGGGUCCGCUUCCUCCUGGUCCUCCACCUCCAGUUCCAGGCUAUGGCCCCCCUCCUGGUCCACCACCUCCACAACAGGGACCACCUCCACCUCCAGGUCCCUUUCCACCUCGCCCACCAAGUCCACUUGGGCCACCCCUUACACUUGCUCCUCCUCCGCAUCUUCCUGAACCACCACCAGGUGCCCCGCCGCCAGCUCCACAUGUGAACCCAGCUUUCUUUCCUCCACCAACUAACAGUGGCAUGCCUACAUCAGAUAGCCGAGGUCCACCCCCAACGGACCCAUAUGGCCGACCUCCACCUUAUGAUAGGGGCGACUAUGGGCCCCCUGGAAGGGAACUGGAUACUGCAAGAACACCGUUGAGUGAAGCCGAGUUUGAAGAAAUCAUGAAUAGAAAUAGAGCAAUCUCAAGCAGUGCUAUUUCAAGAGCUGUGUCUGAUGCUAGUGCUGGUGAUUAUGGGAGUGCUAUUGAGACUUUGGUAACUGCGAUUUCUUUAAUUAAACAAUCCAAAGUGUCCGCUGAUGAUCGUUGCAAAGUUCUCAUUAGCUCUUUGCAAGAUUGCCUUCAUGGGAUUGAGUCUAAGUCAUAUGGUUCUGGAUCAAGAAGACGUGAACGAUCAAGAGAGAGGGACCAUAGUAGAUCGCGAGAAAAGAGUCGGCGCCAUAAAUCCCGUAGUAGAGAUCGUCAUGAUGAUUAUUAUAGAGAGAGAAGCAGAGAACGAGAGAGACACCGGGAUCGGGACCGAGAUCGGGACCGAGAACGUGAUAGAGAGCGCGAGUAUCGUCAUCGUUAGAAGCUGAAGGAAGAGGAACACCUUCCAAGACAAAACAGUCUUCAUGGGGGAAAAUGACGCUUGUCCAGCAGUUUGCUUCUUGUGAUUGAACUGAACCUGUAAGGAUUCAUGGAUAAAGUGGACAGGAAUAGAUCUGAAUAAAGCAAAUCUGCACAAAUGGUAACCAGUAGCUCUACUUUUAUUUUUUAUGUUGCUUAACUGUUUUAUUUGAAGGAAACCUGUGUGAUUUAAAAUGUUAAAGCUUUUGCAACUUUAUUACUGGUUAUAUACAUUUGGCCAUUAUAAUGUGCAAGCAAUUGGAAAAACAAAAGUCAAGUAAAUGCUUGUUUUUAUAGUAGUUUGUUCUUGUUUAAAAAUGUUCAUAUGAUAAUGUCUGUAAACAGCACCACUUUGAUUACAAUAGAUGUAGUGUUGUAAUAAACUGUUUAAUGGGGCUGAUGUGUAAAGCUGUUCAAGUUAUUUGAUGUUUACACCUCAGGGAAAGUCUUGUGUUCAGCAAUAUCUAAAGAUAAUGUUACUAUGACAACAUUUUUACUGUCCUUUAAAAAAGCAUUGCAAUAGCGUUUUUGGAUAUGCAUUAAUCUAAUCUUGCGUUCAGUGAAUUAAACAUACUAAUUAAGUGUCUCUUGCCCUUGAUUUUGAUAUUAGAAUAGGUGAUUACCUGGGUAUUUAAUAUUUCUAUAUUCUGCUUUUCUAGCUGUUUUUACUUAGUUAGCUUGUGACUUUGCUGAAUGGUAUAUAAACUUGUAAAAACUGAAAUUUGAAAGACAUAGCAAUCCAGUCAGUGUGUUACGGGGUUAAAAAAAAAAAAUUGACGUUUUAACAUUUUAGUGAAAGCCCAUACAUAUUUGCUACAGUAAUGCAGCUUAAUUACAGCUCAGAUGUUCUGAAACACUGCAUUGUGAACUGCUGGCAUUGAAGAAAUACUUUGACAAUUCUGAUUUGAUGCUGCAGUUACUUGCUGUUUUUUAUUGAUAAUGUUUAUGGUUUAUUUUUGAAACCAUAGACAGUGUAUAUAAAGCUG